CUUUAUGUACAUAGAGGUAUAUACAUACAUAUAUCAUGAGCCAGACUACCACCAACAACAGCAACAGCAACAACAAUAAGAACAACAUCAGCGACAUCAUCAGUUACUACAACAACAAUAUCAGAAUGAGCGUGAAUAUAGCAGAACGGCAGCGCCGCGACGGUCGCAAGAAGAAUCCGAGCAGCAGCAACAAAUUAAAGAUAACAGCAGCGACGUCAGCAGCGCUGCCAACGUUGAAGCGAACGUCGUCGUCACUGACAUUGCCAGUUAAUGUUUUGGAGAAUAAAAGCGCGCUAGGAACGUCAACGCCGUUCAGUUAUCAGAGAGCAACGGAACGGUGCGCACGCAGAUACGGCGGCAACAACAAUACAAUCAAUUCAUUGACGACGACAACAACAGCGAGAGCACAAACUGAAGCCAAAGCGGAGGCAACAACAACAACAUUUACAAAUAUUCAAUGUGAACCAACGGCGGCCAACAAUCGGACAAAAAGUUUGCGCCUGGCCAAGCACAAGGCGCAGCUUCGUGCCGCCUUCUACAAAGAGAUCUACGCCCUACACAUCCCCAACGACGAGGGAGACGACGAAUUAGACGACAAAGGGGAGCAGCAGAAACAACAAAAACAACAACAGCAGCGCACUGCUGGAAGUGGAGAAGUUGCCUUUGAGUUUCCACAGGUGAAGCAACUGAUCGCCAAAUUCGAUAGAAUGAUUGUAAAAAGGGAGAAGCAACAAUCGGGACAGGAGCAGGAGCUGCAGCAGCCACAAACACAAACACAUUCCAAGGAGCUGCCACGCAUUGAGGCAGCCAGCACAGCCAAUUCGGAUGAGGGCUGCACUGCCGGCCUAAGUCCCUGCAGUUCCGACAACGAGGACGCCGGCAGUGGCAAGCCGAGUCUGCGCAAAGCCAAGGUGGCGCGUUGUGCCAGCAGCGAUUCCGCAUUGGGCCUGGAUGUGGAUGACGCCCCGCCAGUUGUGGUGAGUCAGAAGCGACGUCUCACACUGACUGUGACAGAUUUGCCGCUGCGGCCGGCACUGUUGCCGCUAGCCGAGCCCACAGCCCUGCCAGACUCGCCGCUCACCUCGCCAACCGGUCCGGGUGGCUUGGGAGUGGCAGUGGGAGUCGGCGGUGGAGCUGGCGUUGGUGUUGGUGUCGCAGCUGGCAGUGUGCCCAGCAAGGUGUUGCUGGAGGAACGUCUAGUGGGCAUUACACAGGAGCCGCGCAAUUCCAUAACGAUGCCCAACACUUGGGGCAGCACUUCACGUCGGGAGAGCACCCAGAGCUGUGUCAGCGAGCUGGGCUGUGUACGUUAUGUGCGCACUCCGUCGGUGGUGGUGUCGGACUACUCAGACGAUAUCAUAGCCUGUGGCAUCAGCAUGGAGGAGAUGGAGUAUUUCCGGUUGCAGCGUGCGCGUAGCUAUCGGCGCUGCUCUCUGGAUGCGGUCGCUGGCGGCGGCGGUGGCGGUGUUGGUGCACCGGGAACGGGCGGUGUGGGAAGUCAAGGUGCCAAAGAGGGGAGCGAUGUGCACUCGGAUGUGAGUGCCGCCUCCUCGUGCAGUAAUCUGUACUAUUGUGGCUCGACCAUUUCGGCUCUGGAUGGUGGCGAGUGCAUCGUGAAUGGCGUGCGUGUCGCGCUCGCCCGCAAAUCGAGCAGUCAGAGCAGCUCCGGCGAUCUCAGUGGCGAUGAGGAUGAGGAGGAGAUGCUGCCGCUCGACGCUGACGGUGACGCCGAUGUCGAUGCCGAUGACGACGAUGACGAUGCACAGCAGACCCGGCAAUUGAGCGAAUUGUUGGCUGCCACACAGCUGGAAACAUCUGCGGGCGGUGGCAGCAGCAGCAGCGACGUCGGCGACGUGGGCACUAAGAAGGUAGGCAGCAGCAGCCGACGCAAGCGUCGUAGCAGCAGCGGGCGGCUCGACAAUCAUGAUGAUAAUGAUGAUGAUGAUGAUGGUGAUGAAGAUGGUGAUGAUAACCGCCACUGCAGCAUCACAAUUCUAUAGGAAAUCUCAAAUUAGGCUAGAGCGUUGA